AUCUUGUGAAACUAAUGAUAGCUACAAAUUGCUAAUAAAAUAAAAUGAAAUAAAAUAAAAUAAAAUAACGGGAGGUACAAAGGAGGGUUUUCUAGAGGAAGUACGUCUACGUCAUUUCCGGGGCUAACAAGCUGUUUACUCUGGUCUGUGGGUUUAAGGCCUACGUGGGGAUGGAUACUACGUAAAUAAACGACGUAUUUUUCUUUUUGGAGACCGCGUUGACUACGUUUAACGCGGUGUUGUCCUUGAAACGGAAUCAAGUCGUGUGUUAUCAUGGCGACUGGGAGCGGAGGCGGUAAGCCGUCAAAUCAUGACGGCCAGGAAGCUGCGUCCAACUCUUUUCAGUGUGCAGCCGCGCUGUCCUCCAACAUGCCAGCCUCUGCUCCUGUCCCGUCUUCCCCACCGCCGGUCCCCGGCCUCCACCGAGGACCGAUGUACAACUGGCAGGCGACGAAGAGUUCCCUGAAGGAGCGCUUCGCCUUCCUCUUUAACAACGAGCUGCUCAGCGACGUCAGGUUCAUAGUGGGCAAAGGCAGGCAGGCCCAGCGGAUACCGGCCCAUAAGUUCGUCCUGGCCGCCGGCAGUGCCGUCUUUGACGCUAUGUUCAACGGCGGGAUGGCCACGACCUCAGCGGAAAUCGAACUCCCCGACGUGGAGCCGGCAGCUUUUCUCGCCCUGCUCAGAUUCCUGUAUUCUGAUGAGAUCCACAUCGGUCCAGAAACUGUGAUGACAACCCUAUAUACUGCAAAGAAGUAUGCUGUCCCUGCGUUGGAGGGUCACUGUGUGGAGUUCCUCACCAAACAUCUCAGAGCUGACAACGCUUUCAUGCUUCUGACUCAGGCAAGGUUGUUUGAUGAGCCUCAACUGGCCAGUCUCUGCUUGGACACCAUAGACAAAAGCACUGGUGAUGCAAUUAAUGCGGAGGGCUUUACAGAUAUUGAUCUGGACACCUUAUGUGCAGUGUUAGAGAGAGACACUCUGAGCAUCAGGGAGAACCGUCUGUUUGAGGCUGUGGUGCGCUGGGCAGAGGCUGAGUGUUACAGGCAGCAGCUUCCCCUGACAUCAGAGAACAAGCACAGGGUUCUGGGGAAAGCCCUCCCUCUCAUCCGCUUCCCACUCAUGACUGUUGAAGAGUUUGCUGCUGGGCCUGCCCAGUCUGGAAUAUUGUUCGAUCGGGAGGUGGUAAAUCUGUUUUUACACUUUACAGUAAACCCCAAACCGCGGGUCGACUACAUUGACAGGCCUCGCUGCUGCCUCAGGGGGGAAGAGUGCAGCAUUAAUAGGUUCCAGCAGGUUGAGAGUCGAUGGGGGUACAGUGGCACCAGUGACAGAAUCAGAUUCAAUGUAAACAGAAGAAUCUCUAUAGUUGGUUUUGGCUUAUACGGUUCUAUACAUGGACCCACUGACUAUCAGGUCAACAUACAGAUCUUAGAGAGCGACAAACGCAUAACUCUGGGACAGAACGACACAGGCUUCAGCUGUGACGGCACAGCAAACACCUUCCGGGUGAUGUUUAAAGAGCCGGUGGAAAUCCUUCCCAGUGUCAGCUACACUGCAUGUGCGACCUUAAAGGGUCCAGACUCGCAUUAUGGCACUAAAGGGUUGAAGAAAGUUACUCAGGAGUCCGCUACAGGGGCCAAGACGACAUUUUUCUUUUUUAGCUCACCUGGAAAUAACAACGGUACGUCUGUGGAGGACGGGCAGAUACCAGAGAUCAUUUACUACACAUGAACCCUAGUGGUCUGCCUGAGAUGGAUGGACACUGUGCCUCAGAAUCCUCUAGAAUUUGUAUAUUUAAAUGUGUGUAUAUUUGAUGUAACAAAAAACACCCACAGGUGUACAUACAUCAUCUGGAAUGUAGAAGGGCUUGUGGGAAAAUCUCAGCUUUAGGGGCACGACAGUUACUUUUAUUUGUGAGUUACCUGAAAAAUGUGUUAUUUCAAAGUGUCCCACAGCGGUCCACGCUGCCCAGAUUAUCCUACAUGUACAGAUACAACCUGUCGUUUUGUCCGUUUGAGCUGCUACCUUUAAGUAUAUUUUAUUGUGAACUGUGAUCAUUUAUUUUGCAGUUUUCUUCAAUUGUUUUGUGUGUAAAACAUUCAUGACUGUUGUGAGAUUAAAAUAACACAAAAUGCAAAACAGUCAUUUAAAUGUAUAUGAAAGACUGUUGCUUCAAUUUUGUGAUUUGGGCUUUUUUGUCAGAAAAAUUAUUUGAAGGAAAAAAGGAAAAGUUCUGCAAUUCCUCAUUCGGCCACUAGAUGGUGGUAGAUACUUCUGUGCAAACGGUCAGAUUAAACACAGGGGAAAGAAAUGAAGGAUGUUAAAAAACAGCUGGAUGUUUUGGGGGAUUUCUGAUCAUAUUUUUUAGUGAUAAAAGACGAGUCAAAUGAGAACAGAAAACGAAACCUUUACAAAAGAUGAGGUUCUGCAGAAAAAAAAUAUUUGACAGUAAUUUCCCUGUAAAUCAUGUCUAGCUUCUUUUUUUAAAGUUAAAAGUAUGACUGAUUUCCUGAGACCUGCAUGUUAAAGAUGAAAUACCCUCAAGCUACAUAAGCUGCUCAUCAUAUAAGGCAGGUAAUGCAAACCAGGCCUUUUCAGACAGCUGUGAGUGGGCUUUGAUAGAGUGAUCCGUGAAGGCUGUCAGGUGAGUCACCAGGACCUGAAAGCUUCUCCCGCUGACUGCCCACUUAGCUUUUUUAAAUAGAAACAAGAGAAUCAAGUUGACGCUGGGUUUUUAUCCGCCCACUGUAAAAACGCUGCAAAACUUAUUGUCACCAAAUGUUUCAAGUUCUGAAUCACAACAAUGGUUUUUAUUGUGUAUUUAGUGGACACAGAAGGAGGAAAACAAACCACCAAUGUGGAGCUUGUGCAGAAAAACCCGUGGAUUGGUCCUUUAAGUUGCUGAAUUAUAAACACUGAUUUGCAUGA